AUGGCUGCAAAUGCGCUCCGAAUACUUGUGCCCGUAAAGAGGGUUAUUGACUUCGCUAUAAAACCCCGCAUCAACAAGACCCAAACUGGCGUCGAAACCGCCGGCGUCAAGCAUUCCCUCAACCCCUUCGAUGAACUCUCCAUAGAAGAAGCUGUCCGCCUGCGCGAAAGCAAGGGACCCAUGUCCGUGUCCGAGAUCCUAGCUAUCUCCGCCGGCGGGCCCAAAUGUGUCGAUACCCUCCGUACCGCCAUGGCCAUGGGAGCCGACCGAUCCAUCCUUGUUGAUGUACCCGAGAAACCAGACCAGUCGGGCCUGGAGCCACUCACCGUAGCCAAGUUGCUGAAGAACGUGGUCCACAAGGAAAAUAUCAACAUGGUGUUGUUGGGCAAGCAGGCUAUUGAUGGUGAUCAAGGUCAGACGGGACAGAUGCUGGCGGGUCUUCUGGGCUGGCCGCAGGCGACACAGGCGAGCAAGCUUGUUGUGAAGGAUGACAAGGGUACAAUUGAGGUUACGAGGGAAGUGGAUGGCGGUGUGGAGACGCUCAAGGCCAAGUUGCCCAUGGUCAUCACUACGGAUCUACGACUGAAUACUCCGAGAUAUGCAAGCUUGCCAAACAUCAUGAAGGCAAAGAAGAAGCCGUUGGAGAAGAGAACUUUGGCGGACUUUGAAAUUGUAGAUGAGAAGAGGUUGAAGACUUUGAAAGUCACAGAACCUCCCGCCCGUCAAGGGGGAGGAAAGGUAGAAGACGUCGACGGGAUGAUCUCGAAACUGAAAGAGCUGGGUGCUCUAUAA